AUGAAUCGUCAACAAAUUGCAGAACAACUAAAACACAUGAUAAGCAGUCUACCAGCAAAACUACAAGAACGUUUUGAAAAUGAUGAUCUUAUUGAACAUUUGAUCACUGUCUCGCUCGACAGAAAUGUCAUCGAUAUUAUCAAUAGUUUACAAGAAACACAGGAACGAACAGAAAAAACUUUGUUCAAUGAACGACAGAAAUUAGUUCAGAAAGCAAAAGAACAAGAAAUGGAUCUCGUUCGGAGACAUGCCGAAGAUGAAGCUCGCUGUGCCGACCGGCCACAACAUCUAAGUCUUCUUCAAUCUGCAAAUAAAAGCGAAUUUGAAACGUUUGUGAAACGAAUAGCCGACGAACAACAACGGUUCGACAUGAAAAUCAUCUUAGAUCUUGAUCAGAAGAUGUUAGAACAGCAAACGCGAUUAGAGAAAGCUGGUGUGUCAUGUAUGCACGCAACGAAUAAGCCACCAGACGUCCGUUUACAAAUGUUUAUCAUUGAAUUUAUUCAGCACAUCGCAAAACAGCAACAGAGUCCAUCUAGAACAGAAAAUUCUAUUUAG